AGAAAAAGUUAGAGAUGGAGAGAAAAGAAGAGUAUAGGCUGAGGCAUACUGAGGAGAGACAAAGAGAGAUUGAGCAAAAACGAGAAAUAGACUUACAAAAGGCAGCAGAGGCAGAGAAACUCAAGGAAGCUGAGAGAAGCAUGAAAUACAAAAAUGAGUCUGAGCUGCAACAAAUGGAGGAAAAGUGGAAGGCAAUUGCUCAGCAAAAGGAGAAUGAGUGGAAAGAAAGAUGUGAACAAAUGGAGAAACAAAGGAAAGAGGCAGAGAGUAGACGGAUGGUGGAAGAAGCCAAGAGAGAGGAAGAGAGAUUGCAAGAGGUAGAAAGAGAAAAACUUUCAAAGCAGCUUCAAACUGAAAAGGAUAAACAAAAAAGGGGAGAUAGUUUCCUGGAGACCCAAAGAAUGGAAAUGGAGGAGAGAGAACGAGAGAUGGAGGAGAGAGAACGAGAUAUGGGACAGAAAGAGUUGAAGAUGGAGAGAGAAGAAGAGAAAAGACUGAGGCACAUUGAAGAGAGACAAAGAGAGAUUGCGCUAAAACAAGAAAUGGAAUUACAAAAGGCAGCAGAGGCAGAGAUACUCAAGGAAGCUGAGAGAAGCAUGAAAGACAGAAAUGAGUCCGAGCUGCGACAAAUGGAUGAAAAGUGGAAGGCAACUGGUCAGCAAAAGGAUAAUGAGGGGAAAGAGAGAUGUGAACAAAUAGAGAAACAAAGGAAAGAGGCAAAGAGUAGACAGAUGGUGGAAGAAGCAAAGAGAGAGGAAGAGAAAUUGCAAGAGGUAGAAAGAGAAAAACUUCAAAACCAGCUUCAAACUGAUGAAAAAACUAGUGCACCGGGAAUAAAUUCUGGACAGCCUUUCAAAUCAAAAUGGCAAAUACGUCUGGAGAAAGAGAAGGAGAAACAGAGAGAGGCAAGGAGAAAUGCAGGUGAGAGGCAGAGAAAGGCACAAGAGGCAUGGAAAGAAGAGCUUAAAAGGAGAGAGGAGAAGAGAAAGAAAGAUGAAGAGGAGAAGUACUGGUCUCAACACCCAGAGGAAUGGCGCAAGCUCCAGGAAGAGCUAGCCAUCAAGAAAGAGGACGAACGACGACUGCAGCUGGAGAAAAAAUGGGAAGAAGAGACAAGGAGGAUGGAAGAGAGAAAGAAAAGAGAGCAAAAAAUUGAGGAUGAGAUGAGACGUGAGAGGGAAAGGCAGCGAGAGACUAAGCGACAGGAGGAAAUAGAGAAACAGGAGAUUGAAAUGCAACGCCAACUAGAAUUCGAAAAACAGAAGAAAUUGGAAAGACAGAGGGAACUGGACAUGGAAAGAGAGAGAGAACAGGAAAUGGAAAGAGAGAGAAAACAGGAAAUUCAGAGACAAACAGAAAAAGAAGAAAUGGCAAGAAAAAGACAAGAGGAAGAAAUGGAGGGACAGACAGAGAUGGAACAACGGGAGGAGGAGGGAAGAUUGACAGAAACCGAUGAUGACGGGAGUGAAGAUCAUCAAACCCAGGAUGGGACGGUAGCCCAAGAUAAGAGUAAAAGAAGAAGAUUCCUUGGAUGGGUCAAUAAAAAGGUGAAAAAGAGAAAUGAGACAAAAAUUGAGAAGACUAUCAAGAGGGAAGAGGAGGAAAGUGAUGGAUUAACCUUUCACCGUAAGUACCCAAUAAAUCUGUAAAUAUUCCGUCUAAGAUCUUUCCUAAAAUCCACAUCUAAAUAUUGUGACUUCAUGUUCUUUUUUGUGUUUUCUUGUUUUAAUUUUACCAGUAACUUUAAUGAGUUAUCAAAUCUUUUCUCUCUAUAGUUUUCGGGGGUUUAGAAAAAGGGGUCAAGCGAGAACAGGAGAAGCGUCGGAGCCUACUGAACCCAGAGAUAACCAGACAAAAACUAGGGGGAUCCUGGCUUGAAUGGGAAGAAGAAAGGCAACAGAAUAAGAUGGAAGAGAGAAAGAAAGUGGACCAACAAAUUGAGGAUGAAAUGAGACGUGAGAGAGAAAGGCAGCGAGAAAAUGAGCGACAGGAGGAAAUAGAGAAACAGGAGAUUGAGAUGAAACUCCAACUAGAAUUAGAAAAUCAGAAGAAAUUGGAAAGAGAGAGGGAACUGGAAAUGGAAAGAGAUAGAGAACAGGAAAUUCAGAGACAGACAGAAAAAGAAGAAAUGGCAAGAAAGAGACAAGAGGAAGAAAUGGAGGGACAGACAGAGAUGGAACAACGGGAGGAAGAGGGAAGAUUGACAGAAACCGAUGAUGAUGGGAGUGAAGAUCAUCAAACCCAGGAUGGGACGAUGGCCCAAGAUAAGAGUAAAAGAAGAAGAUUCCUUGGAUGGGUCAAUCAAAAGGUGAAAGAGAGAAAUGAGACAAAGAUUGAGAAGACUAUUAAGAGGGAAGAGGAGGAAGGGGAUGAACCUUACUUUGGAGGUAAGUACCCAAUAUAUCUGUAUAUAUUCUGUCUGAGAUCUUUCCUAAAAUCUAAAUAUUUUGACUUCAUGUUCUUGAGUUAUGUUGUUUUAAUUUUACCAGUUACUUUAAUAAGUUAUCAAAUCUUUUCUGUCUCUAGCUUUCAGAGGUUACAUACCCCGGGCCCAGCGAGAACAGGAGAAGCGCAAGAGCCUACUGAACACAGAGGCAACCAGACAAAAACUAGAGGGAUCCUGGCUUGACUGGGAAAAAGAAAAGAAACAGAAGAAGAUAAAAAGGAUAGCACAAGAGAAAGAGGCUGCAAGCCAAGCCCAGCUAGCCUUCAUUUUGCAACAGAAUGAAAAAGCCGACAGGAACCUGGAUCGUCACAACUCUACUCAGAUGUACACCACCAGCAAUAAACUCCUGAAGAAACAGAUGAU